CCCAAAUAUUUGGUCAUUGACAUUACCGCUGUUAUCAAGAACCGAAAAUGAGCUCGCCAAAGUGGAGGAUUGCCAUCGGCUGCGAUGAAGCCGGAGUCUCGUACAAGAACAAGAUCAAGGAGGACUUCGCCAACGAUGAUCGCGUCGAGUCAGUCAUAGACGUGGGCAGCCUCGGGGCCGACGACAAGACAGCAUAUCCCCAUCGCGCAGUCGACGCCGCAAGGCAAGUCGCCGAGGGCAAAGCCGACCGGGCGCUGCUCAUCUGCGGGACGGGGCUUGGGGUGGCCAUCUCGGCGAACAAGGUCAAGGGCAUCAGGGCAGUUACGGCGCACGACAGCUUCUCGGUCGAGAGGGCCGUUCUCAGCAAUAACGCGCAGGUCUUGUGCAUGGGCGAGCGGGUUAUCGGUCUGGAGCUGGCCCGCAGGUUGGCCAAGGAGUGGCUGGGCUAUGUCUUCGAUGAGAAUAGCGCCAGCGCGGACAAGGUCGCCGCCAUCACCAAAUACGAGAAUGGGCAAUAAUAAUUGAGCGGGAACUAUGAAUUCAUUUUUUGCCAACACCUCCC